UUGUUUACAAAUGGCGAUGUAGGCACAGUUCGAUAUAUUUAGUAGUCGAUAUGAUUUCCAACACAUAUAGGUAAUAGUAACGUUUCAAGACACACGGAUCAUUAUGGAUACAUAUGUUAGGGAAGCACGCUCCCUGGUAGACACGGUUGUGAAAACGGCUAUUAGUAUCCUGCUUGUCGAGAAUGCAAAUCAGAAGAGGAAGCUGUCGGAGUUGCAGGACAUGGCUCUCAAUUCUCUUCGCCACUGGGAGAACGUUCAGCUAGAAGAAAACUACAUUGUGGAAAACAUUCAAUGGCCUACAAUUGCAGAGUUUACCACAGAGAAAGCACUACAAAAAAUCGAUGAGUUCAUUCGGCAGACAUGGAAAUACUCAGAAUGCUGGCUCUUCUGCAUUGAUUUCAUACGGGAGGAAAUCCACCCUUAUAGUAAAAGGUACAUCUACAUUGUAAAAUGGAGCAGACCAACAAAGGAACACCCUAUUCCUCGCGCUACAGCUAGCAUUUACUUCACAAUCGAACUAUCAACCAUUAAACCAGAGACCGGGCAUGUCCAGAUUCCGUGAAAAAUGGCUACAGGAGAUCAUAGAUAGCAAGGCUUUGCUCAUGUCCGAGGUCAAGUUCUAAACAGCUCACCGAUGACAAAGGGUUUCAAACGAGAAGAAAAGGCGAGCAUUUCUACUAUGUCAUCAGCUGGUUUACAUAUCUGUUAGUGAUUUUUUUAAUUAGUAUUCAAAUAAAAUUUUAUGAAGAAUA